AUGGGCGUCAAGACAAAACUGAUGUCCAACAACCCCUUCGCAAGCAAGGCCGACAGAGAUGAGGCCGGCGACAGUUCCACGGCGCUGCCGCCGCCUUCUAACAGCGGCACCACCAACAACAUUCCCGAUGAUCUCCCUCCACCCCCAUCCUACGAAGAUGCCGUAGCAGGCAGCUCAAGACUGCACCUACAACCACCACCACCAACCCCCUCCGCCAGCAGGCCGCCCAAGCGAUCAUCACAGCAAUACCCCCUCCCGCCCCUCCCGCCAUCAGGGCCCUCCUCUUCGAGCCCCGGCGGCCUCCCACCGCCGCCGAGACAGCCCGCCUCCGCCGCCGCCGGGCCCAUCGCGCGCCAGUUCCCGCCGGCCUUCAACGUCUACUCGGACGGCUGGGGCCGAUCCUUCGUCCUCGGCGAGCACCAGGGCGCGCCCCUCUACGCCGUGCGCCUGCACUCGGGCUGGUCCGGCGAGCCCGACGUCGUGCUGCACAACGGGCCCAGCGCCGACCGCUGCCCCAUGCUCGCCGCCGUCGACAUGCACAGCUUCGGCGGCGACAUGACGGCCUCCCUGCCGCCCAUGCCUGGCGGCGGCGGCGGCGGCGGCGGUGGGAUGGGCGGGACCGAGGUCCACAUCGACGCCGACUACGGCGGCUGGCACCGCACGUACCGCUUCCAGAUCGAGGUCGGCCGGCCAGGCGGCGGCGGGCCCGUACGCCGCGAGGCGUUCGAGUGGCGCCACAGCUACGGCGACGCCAUCGCCUCGCUGGGCGGGAGCUCCCACGGCUGGAAGCUCGUGCGGGUGGCCAAGGGCCCGCCGCCCGGCGCGCCCGAGGGGUCCGGCUUCGUGCCGGGUGGCUACGUGACGAGCGACGGGUGCGAGGUCGUGGCGGCCUGGACCGACGCCACGAUGAGCAUGAGCAAGUCGGCCAAGUUUACCUUUCUGGGCACGGGCAACUCGGGCCUGCUGGGCGAGCGGUGGGCCGUCAUGGCCGUCGUGAGCGCGCUGGGCCUGUGGGAGAAGGAGAGGAGGAACAAUAGGCGGAGACAUCACACGUAG